AUGAGCUUCCUCCGCAGAGUGGCUGGGCGCUCCCUUAGAGAUAGGUUCCCUUCUCCAGAGUGGGACACUGUGACGUCCGAGGCCAAAGACCUGAUCAACAAGAUGCUCACCAUUCACCCGGCCAAGAGGGUUACAGCCACAGACGCCCUCAAGCACCCCUGGAUCUGCCAACGCUCCACUGUGGCCUCCAGUAUGCACCGGCAGGAGACCGUGGACUGUCUCAAGAGGUUCAACGCCAGGAGGAAACUAAAGGGUGCCAUCCUGACCACCAUGCUCGUCAAUCGCAACUUCUCAGCCAAGAGCCUCGUCAACAAGAAGCCAGACAGUGUGAAAAUCAACAACAAGACCAAUGUAGUGUGCACCCCCAAAGAGCUUCCUGUGCUGGAGCCUCAAACCACAGUUAUCCACAACCCCACAGACGGAACCAAGGGUUCCAGCGAGAGCGCCAGCACCACCAUCGAGGACGAAGACGUCAGAGGUCCAGUGGAAGGUAAAAGGCUCUUUGUCACAUGCAAAUACCAUGAAGCAAAGAUCUGGAGAGAAGUGUGUACCUCUGACGUCUUCGUCCUCGAUGGUGGUGCUGGCGCUCUCGCUGGAACCCUGGGCAACAAACACAGCUUUGAGAUUUAG